AUGUUUCAUAACCUAAGAUCUGAAAUUUCCUGCAAACAAUAUUUAAAGUUUGCUGAAAUUGAUAAUAAUACUAUUGCUUGGAUCAAUUCAAUGGAUCAUAAAGGAGCCAUUUUAAAUGAUAGGAUUAUUACUGAGAAAGAAAAAGCCUUUUCAUUGAAUCUCAGGAUUACUGAAUUCAAAGGAAGCAAAGGGUGGCUUGUUAAAUUUAAAAAGAGGAAUGAUUUGAAGUUACGUAAUAUGGAUAGAGAAUCUGAAAUUCCAAAUUUUGACCCUAAUUUAGUAUCAGAUUUCAUUGAAUUAAUCACAAAUAAAAUCAGUCUUUACGGAGCUCAAAAUGUUUAUAAUGCCAAUGAAACUGGCUUAUUUUACAAAAUAAUACCGUCUUAG